AUGAGUGGAAAAACAUGCUCACGUCCCAUGUGGGCCGGUGCCUGGUGUGUUGGUUCUUCUCGUAAUUGGCUUGUGCUUUUAGACAUAAACGGAUCACCUUUUCUUCUAAAUCCUUCAUCUGCUACUUUCAUUCACUUCCCACCCUUUCCUCAUACAUUCAUACACCCUGUUGAACAUUCUUAUUUUGUUCAAUUCUUACAAAAGACCUUUGUAUCCAAAGUUGCAUUGAUGUGUUCUACCUCUCCUUUGCACUACACUCUUGCCAUAUUGUAUGGAUGUCCAUGUAAGCUUGCAUUAUGUAAGUCUAACACGUGGGUUAAAAUCUCUGAUGCUAAGAGCUUUUAUUCUGACAUUGUGUUUAGCAACAAUUAUCUUUAUGCUUUGGCGGAAGAUGGCUCCGUUGACGCAUGGGAUAUUUGGCAACGAAUUCCUAGAAAGAUCUUAGAUGUUAAACCAACCAUAGAAAGAGCUGAGGAAGAAGACAGAGAAUUUCCAAGGGACAAUUUUUCAACACAAUUAUACUUAGUGAUAUCAGAGGGAGACUUGUUGUUGGUAAAAAGGUAUAUUGGAAAUUUUGUCAAUGCAGAUGGUGAGGUACUAAAGGAAGAGCCUGAUACUGUUUGUCUUUACAGAACAAAGCAUUUUAUUGUGUAUAAACUUGACCUUAGAAAGAUCAAAUGGCAAAAGAUAAGGUCUUUACGCAAUAAAGUUCUAUUUCUAGGUGCUAAUGAGUCUACAUCAGUGCCUUCUCAAGCUUUAUCUGGAUACGAAGCAAAUUCAAUUUAUUUCACAGAUGAUAGGUGGGAAGAGAUGAAUUUAGAUUGGUCUUAUGGUGGUCAUGAUUGGGGUGUUUUCAAUCUUCAAAAUAAAAGUGUCAAGCUCUUCACUCCAUAUGAAAUCAAGAUAAAUUCACCUCCUAUUUGGGUGGUUCCAACUACAAAGGAAAAUUCAGCUAUAGAUCAUUUUGGUGAAUUGCAUGUAUCCACUUGA